AUGUUCCCUCCCUUACCUGCUCCUUCCGAUCCAGAGAAAGAGGUCUCCGACAAACUCGUCUCCAUUCUUCGACGACAUUUCUUAGUUCCAAUACAUGUGGACAGAAUAUGGCCGCUGGCUGGUCACUUGCAUUCUUUCUAUCUAGUUCAACUCUCAAACGAGACUCAUUUAUUGCUCAAAUGCUCCCCGAAGCCGACAACGCCGCUAAUACGUCGUGAACAUAUAAUGCUGGACACAGAGGCACGAGCCUUGUCUCUUUUGAGUCAUAUGCCGUGCAUCCCACAGCUUCUCCAUUACGACCCCCUAGGAGAUUUGCUCGGACCAUCUUUUUUACUACGCCAUUACAUCCCGGGUACAAGCCUGGAUAAGAUAGACUCCCAGCUCUCUAUCCAAGAGCGAGAUUCUAUUGAGAGAAGCUUAGGCCUUUUGGCAAAGCGGAUUGCGCAGCAUACCUCAGAGUCCUUUGGAAGUCUAGGGCAGGUGGCGAGUGCAGGAGGAACAAAAUCCUGGAGAGAGGGCUUUCUCAUACUUUUCGAGGGGCUGCUUCGAAACGCGGAAGACGUCUUCAUCAACCUCCCUUAUGGAGAAAUUAGAUACCAGGUGCACCGAGCAUCGCCAGCGCUGGAUGAGAUUUUGACACCACGACUGGUGGUGAUCGACUUUGGUCAGCCAUCGCAGGUACUGGUGAAUGAGAGCAAACGGCUAUGUGGGAUCUCCAGCUUUAGGACGGCGGUCUGGGGAGAUGUGUUUAUGGCAAAGAUUUUUGAGAAUCCGUCACCUUCUGUGAUAGAUGGGUUUGGAUCUUGCUAUGCGAAAACUCAGACAGGAGGAACUCGGCAGCUUCUAUACUCCUGCUAUCGAGCCGUUAACGAUGUUGUCCUGCAAUACUAUCGGAAGAGUCGAGACACAGCUGCUGAGAUCAAGGCAAGGAGAGAGCUGAUGACGGCACUAGCGAAAAUGGCCGCAGUGUGA